AUGUAUUCUUCAUUAACAGCUGCCUCGGUCGGCUUGUCCACCAUACCUUCCACCUCUGGAAGUAUCAUAGGAUCAAGUAGUAAUCCCCACGUAUCAGCCCCCUCUUCUUCAUCAUCUAACAGUGGAGGUUCGAGGAGCUUUAGCUGUGAAAUUUGCCACAAAACAUUUCCCCGCCAAGGUAACCUCGACCGACACAGAAGAACGCAUGAUGGGGACCGACCAUUCAGUUGUGACCUUUGCCCCAAAGCCUUCUCUCAACGGUCUCAUUUAAAAGUUCACCGGAACACGCAUACUGGAGAGCAGACGUUCAAGUGCCACGUGUGCGGCUACUGCUUCUCACGGAACGGGAACUUAACGCGACAUAUGCGCACUCACCAAAGGCAGGAGGUUUUUGCCAAUGAAAACCAGUACAACCAUAAUGGCCACAGUGAGUCUGACUGCAAAGAGGACAGUAAGACGCAUUACAGUGCAGCUGAAAAGCCGAAGCCAGAUCAUCACAACCAUCAAAACAACUCGCAUCACCAGAACCACCACCAUCAUCAUCAUCAUCAUCACCAUCAUCAUCAACAGACACAGCAACAGCAACAACAACAACAGAGUUACAAAUGUACUGUUUGUAGUAAAUCAUUUGUUCCCAGUCGAGAUCAAGAGGGAAGUACUCUCUACUGUGAAACCUGCUGGAAACGUUUGGUUAACAACACUGCCAAGAUACCAUCCCAACACUCACAUUUUCAUACCAGCCACAACCAUCACCACCAGUCUCCUUAUCAGCACCCUACCAAAUCCAAAAAGCGGUUAAUAAGUGCAGCAGCAGCUGCAGCCGCCCUACACAAAUACCAGUGUCAGCUCUGUGGGCGCACAUUCCCCCGAAACGGCAACCUUGAGCGCCACAAAAGUGCCCAUCUCGGGCUAAAGCCAUUUGGCUGCGACAUCUGCGGCCGCAUGUUUGGCCAAAAGUCUCAUGCCAAAGUGCACAAGAUGACGCACACUGGCGAGAGGCCGUACAAAUGUGAUGUCUGCGGCUUUGCAUUCUCCCGGAAUGGGAACCUAGCCCGACACAAGCGCUACAACAAGUUCAGCUGCCUCGUGCCAGGCACAUAUCAGCAACAAAGGAUACAACAAUCCGGACGCCAUUUUGCAGCUGGCAGCAGCACCCUGCCAUCACUCCUCCCUCCACUACCACAGCUGCCCCCACCACCAACUUCUCCAUCCCCAGCACAGACAGAACCAGAAGCCCCACGGCCAGAAGGUCUUCCUCUUGAUGUCCCAGAGGCACCCUCACAAAAUGGUAACCCAGUUGUUCGAGUUGAAGACUCUGGAGUUGUUGUUCAUGUGGCAGGAGAGACACAACAGCUUGAGCCAGUUUCAAAUACUCAAAUUGUGACGAGUGGAAAUGCUGAUGAUGUUGUUGAUCCUGUUGAUAGCAAUAUUCUUAACACCCCACAGAUGCCAAACUCUACCGUGGAAUAA